AUGAGCGACGACCGCCGUCUACCACCACUACCACGGGUGGAGCCCUUACCCCGGGGGCCUUUCAACCCCUUCAAUUCCAACAUUUUUGCUCCUAGUCCACCUACAUCACACGAAACCUUCCCUGUCAGAUCACCUUGGCCAACGGCGGAGCACAUGGUGGCACCUCCAUCCCCGGCGACCUCCGCUGAUAGCUCUUGGCCGGAGCCUUUGCCAUCGCAGAAAGUUCUUGAGUGGCACCAGGAGCUCUCUCUCAAUGAAAUCGUGAGCCUGAUCAUGCCUAAGCACAUCAACCGCAAGCCACCAUUGCAGCAACUGUGUGGCCGUAAGCGUAAGGGAAACAUGAUUACGGCGGACUCGGACGAGCAGAGAGAGAAGCACAGAAUUGCUGAGGGUAACCGCCGCAAGAACCUCAGCCAGUUGCACCGCGAACUCGACAGCCGCCUCCACGAUUUCUUCCUUGAGCGAGCAGGUUGGAAUCCAUCCAAGAGUCUCCCUGAAUCGAAAGAGCAUAUCGUGCAGGCCGCUAUAUUUCUCAUCGACUUCAUGCUUGUGAUCAUUAUUCAUAUGAUUCACCAGGAAAAUGAGAUGCCGCGUCACGUUACGAAAAAGCUGCAGACCCAGUUCCGUUGCAUGCAGUUGCAGCAAACAGUGUCCAGCCUACAGCAACAGAAUCAGAGCCUUCAGCAACAAGUCAAGACCCUGAAGCAAGAGAAUCAGAUGUUGGAGGAGCGCAAUCAGACGCUUGAGUUUCAGCUGAAGACAUAUGAGCACAUGUUCCGCACCUCUAAGAGCGAGCACAUGGCCGCUCAGCCGAUGCCAAAUCCAACAGAGCUCAAGCCACGAAACAUGCUCCCUGGUUUGAGGGUAUUCUGUGAUGAGAUUGCUGUCAAUGGUUCCGAGUCUCGGUUGGAGCACAUUCCCGCUGCAGCCACGCAGUCAUUUGGCCACUCUUACCCGAGUAACACUCCCCCCGUCACAGGCCCCUCAUCACCGAUGUUCACUCAGGCAUCUUACUCGGUACCGGCAUCACGACGCCCAUCGCUCAACCCGUCGCCCUGA